AUGGCAGCGGGCUGCGUGCGGGCUGCCAUGGCUCUGGGGCUCUCCAACAAGAAAGCUUCCUCCAGGAACAUUGCCGUGGAGAGGAAAAACCUCAUCACCGUCUGCAGGUUCUCAGUGAAGACCCUGCUGGAGAAGUACACAGCAGACCCCAUCGACGACUCCUCUGAGGAGUUCGUUAACUUCGCUGCCAUCCUCGAGCAGAUCCUCAGCCACCGCUUUAAAGCUCCUGACCGCAGCCCCUGGGUGCCCACAGGCCCUGUCAGCUGGUUCAGCUCGGAUGGGCAGCGAGGGUUUUGGGACUACAUCCGCCUGGCCUGCAGCAAAGUCCCCAACAACUGCGUCAGCAGCAUCGAGAACAUGGAGAACAUCAGCACCUCCAGGGCCAAGGGCCGGGCCUGGAUCCGCGUGGCGCUGAUGGAGAAGCGAAUGUCUGAGUACAUCACCGCAGCCCUGCAGGACAGCAGGACCACCAGGCGGUUUUAUGACGACGGAGCCAUCAUGCUGCGGGAUGAGUCCUCGGUGCUCACCGGGAUGCUCAUUGGGCUCAGUGCCAUUGACUUCAGCUUCUGCCUGAAGGGCGAGGUGAUGGAUGGCAAAACCCCCGUGGUCAUCGACUACACGCCCUACCUGAAGUUCACGCAGAGCUACGACUACCUGAAUGAGGAGGAGGAGAGGGGCAGCGUGGAGAGCAGCACGAGUGAGGACAGCUCUCCCGAGCACCCCUACCUGCCCCUGGUCACUGAUGAGGACAGUUGGUACAACAAGUGGCGCAAGAUGGAGCAGAAAUUUCGCAUCGUUUAUGCCCAAAAGGGCUACCUGGAGGAGCUGGUGCGGCUGAGGGAGUCCCAGCUGAAGGACCUGGAGGCGGAGAACAAGCGGCUGAAGCUGCGUCUGGAGGAGGUGAUGGUGCAGAACCAGCUGGAGAAGAGGGAGCUGGAAGGUGUCAUCCUGGAGCUGCAGGAGCAGCUGACGGGGCUGAUCCCCUGUGAGAACCCACAGCUGACCCAGCUCUCCAAGGAGAUGGUGACCCCCCUGGUGAACCAGUGGCCCUCGCUGGGGACCCUCAAUGGCAAUGAGAGUGGCUCGGACAGCAAACUCUACAGGAGGCACAGCUUCGUGAGCACCGACCAGCUCUCGGCCGAGAACAGCCUCAGCUCCGACUCCCAGCGCCUGGGCGAGGGCAAGCGCGAAGGGGAGCCCUGGGGGCCCUUGGGGAAGGACCCCACGCCCUCCAUGCUGGGGCUCUGCGGCUCCCUGGCCUCCCUGCCCAGCUGCAAGUCCCUGGCCAGCCUCAAGUCCAACGAGUGCCUGGUGAGCGACAGCACCGAAGCCAGCCCGACCCGCAGCCCCAGCUGA